AUGAUGCCCCUCCUCAUAGACCUAGGACAAGGGGCCGCUCUCAAAUUGAGGAUCAAGCAUAGUAGGGAUGCACAUUGUACUCCGCAACUCUGCGUCCUCAGCGCGAGCGGCUUGCGCCUUCAAGAUGAUGUCCUCGGGGGGAAUUCAUCUACGCCGACUCCUGCUGCGCCUUCACCUGCAAUUCGGCCUUGGGCCGCACCCAUGUUUGCGCCUUCCUCUAAUAUUCUAGCACCAUUAAGGCAACUUAUGAUUGGUAGCGCGGAACGCAUCAAGAUGGAAGCAACGCUUGCAGUGCAAGUUUCACGUCAAUUUGAUGCACGUGAUGCUGAACUUCUCCGUGCUACACUUUCACGAUCAGGUGAACUGGACAGCGGCGAAACUGAACGAUCAAUGAUGGCCACAGAAGAGAGGCAAACUCGCGCUAUGGUGGAAGGCUCACUCCGUAAGCGUGAGAAUUACUUACUGCAUGAGCAGGAAGAAGCGCAACGAUCCCUUCAUCUAUUGAUUGGCGAGCUUACAGAGCGCGGCGUGACCUCGUUCCUGACUCGACUCACCUGGCUUGAAUCUGUUUUGCCAACUGGCGGAUCUUCUGGUCCGGCGGCACACGUCAUGCUUGAUCCAGCUUCAGGGAAGUCUCUGCUUCUUCGCCUCCUUCCGCUACAAUAUGCUUCCGAUGUGGAACAUGUGGUGUCUAUCGCAGAGAAUCUCCGAGAUCUUCGAUGCCAUGGUAUUAUCAGAAUUGUGUCAGUCCAUUCCCAUGAAUUUACAUCAUUCAACUUGCACGGCACCUGCAGCCAGGUCUGGACGCUUGUUGCAUUCGUUACCUCCAACAUUGGCAGUCGCUGCCUCACUGAUCAAAUUGACGGCUGUCGGCAGGCCAUUAGUGCAAGUGCAGUCCAAAACUGGGCGCACCAGAUAGCAGUGGCUCUUGCAGCGUUACACCAUGGCAACCUCCUGCACCAAAACAUUCAUCCCCAUGCGAUCUGCCUUGACGAGGAAGGUCGCGCUGUUCUCGAUGACUUUCUUUUUAUGACUGAUGCACGCCCUCCCGGUCGCACGUAUUCUCGUGGUCGAUCUGAUUAUGGCGCUAUCGCCCAAGAGCUUGUCGCGCCUGAGAUCAAUCAACAGUCGGGCGCUCUUUCACCCAAAGCAGAUAUCUGGGCGUUUGGGUGCUGUGUGAUGCCCCGUGUGAGUGUUCUCUCGCAUCCAAAAUCCCAGCAGUGGCUUGCAGAAAUUCCUAGGCAAUUUCGUGGGCCACUUUACCAUGCUAUCGGCCUUGCUCUACAGUCUCACCCACCGACCCGCGCAACCGCGAGUGACCUUGUCCGAGUCCUAGAAAGACAAUGA